CCCCCGCCGCAGGGAUGGACCGCCGAGGCUGCGGUCGAGGCGGCGGAGGCGGAGGCGGCCGGCCCGGAUUGAACAUGUCUGCCUUGUCCUUUGGCCAACACCCAUCAUGGAUGCAAGACGGGUACCACAGUUACAUCACGUCCAGACAAGAUGACAUCCAGCAGAAGAUAAGAUGCUCCAAGUCCCUUGCAGCUCUCUUCAGAAGAAAAAUCACUAGUGCUCUGCUCUUGCCAUAAUACCAAACCUUUUUGACUUAUACUUUGGUGCUGCAACACUGGAAGAAUUACACACAGAUUCCAGGAAUAACUUUUUUUUUCAUUUGAGUGCUUUGUGGAUGGAAAACAAUUUGAGUCUUAAUAAUUACUUUGAUUUUAAAGCUAUUUCUCUAUAGUCUGAACUCUUUUAAAGUGGGCCACUUAACCAAUGAGCCACACAGCCAGUUCUUGUCAGGAGCUGGUUGAAAACUGUGCUGUGCAUGUAGCAGGGAUGGCACAGGAAGAUAGCCGUCGUGGUCAAGUGCCAUCUACGUUUUAUCAUGGUGCCAACCAAGAACUUGACCUGUCCACCAAAGUGUACAAAAGGGAAUCAGGAAGUCCUUAUUCUGUGUUAGUGGACACCAAGAUGAGUAAACCGCACCUCCAUGAAACAGAGGAACAGCCAUAUUUCAGGGAGACAAGAGCAGUGUCUGACGUGCAUGCUGUUAAAGAAGACCGGGAGAAUUCUGAUGACAUGGAAGAGGAGGAAGAAGAGGAAGAAGUCUCUUACAAAAGGGAGCAGAUCAUAGUAGAGGUAAACCUUAAUAAUCAAACAUUAAAUGUAUCUAAAGGGGAAAAGGGUGUCUCUUCACAGUCCAAAGAGACUCCUGUUCUUAAGACAAGCAGUGAGGAGGAAGAGGAAGAAAGUGAGGAAGAGGCCACAGAUGACAGCAAUAACUAUGGAGAGAAUGCAAAGCAGAAGAAAAAGGAGAAGAUAGUGGAGAAAGUCAGCGUUACACAAAGGAGAACAAGGAGAGCUGCCUCUGUUGCUGCAGCUACCACUUCCCCUACUCCCAGAACUACAAGAGGUCGUAGGAAGAGUGUAGAGCCACCUAAGCGUAAGAAGCGGGCUGCAAAGGAGCCCAAAGCACCAGUCCAGAAAGCUAAGUGUGAAGAGAAAGAGACUCUGACCUGUGAGAAGUGCCCCAGGGUAUUUAACACUCGCUGGUACCUGGAGAAGCACAUGAACGUUACUCAUAGGCGCAUGCAGAUUUGUGAUAAGUGUGGCAAGAAGUUUGUCCUGGAAAGUGAGCUGUCCCUUCACCAGCAAACAGACUGUGAAAAAAACAUUCAGUGUGUUUCCUGUAACAAAUCAUUCAAGAAACUCUGGUCCCUUCAUGAACAUAUCAAGAUUGUCCAUGGAUAUGCAGAAAAGAAAUUUUCCUGUGAAAUUUGUGAGAAGAAAUUCUAUACCAUGGCUCACGUGCGGAAACACAUGGUUGCACACACGAAAGACAUGCCAUUUACAUGUGAAACCUGUGGAAAAUCAUUCAAACGCAGUAUGUCACUCAAGGUGCACUCAUUGCAGCAUUCUGGAGAGAAGCCCUUCAGAUGUGAGUUAUCGCCUAUGUUAGUAAUUUUUUGUGUCUGUGUUCAUUCAGGAGAGAAACCCUUUAUCUGUGAAAUCUGUGGCAAAAGCUUCACCAGCCGCCCCAACAUGAAGAGGCACCGCAGAACUCACACAGGCGAGAAGCCCUAUCCAUGUGAUGUGUGUGGCCAGCGGUUCCGCUUCUCUAACAUGCUUAAGGCCCACAAGGAGAAGUGCUUUCGAGUGACCAGCCCCGUGAAUGUGUCGCCUGCUGUCCAGAUCCCACUUACAACUUCCCCAGCCGCCCCAGUUCCUUCUGUGGUGAACACACCCACAACCCCAGCCCCUCCAAUCAAUAUGAAUCCUGUAAGCACUCUUCCCCCUCGGCCCAUCCCCCACCCCUUCUCUCACCUUCACAUCCACCCACACCCUCACCACCCACACCACCUUCCCAUCCCUCCAGUCCCUCACCUCCCGCCACCUCCGGCUCUCUUUAAGAGUGAGCCUUUAAAUCAUAGAGGCCAGAGUGAGGACAGCUUUCUGCGGCACCUGGCAGAGAAGAACACUUCAGCACAGCAUCAUUAACAUCCAUCUCCUUAAGUGUGUUCUCCAGGAGUUAUGUUCCCAUGUGUGAGUUGGCAGAGAGGGAGUUGGUGAGCAUUUCUGUAGUUCUCAGACUCUCCUCGGCCUCCACCAGGAGCUUUGCCAUUGUCUUGGUGAAUCAACAGAUCCAAGGGAAUGAACAAGAAGACUACCUUGAGCUCACGGAGGGAACUGUCUUCUAAACCAGGGGAACCACCGAACUAAAGCCCAAUUUGCUUGCAUUUUUCUGGUGACUUUUGUAAGUUUCAAAUACUCAGACUUGUGGAAUUUUAUAAUUUCAUAUCAGCUGAUGAGGUAUGCUUGCUUUUAUAUCCUGGACUUCUCCUCAAAGAGGGGAUAGGCCUGGUUUCCUUUGUACUAAUCGGGAAGGCUGUGAAAUUAAUCCAGAGCAUUAAUUGUAUCACUGUGUAUUGUAAGGAAUUCUUUUCAGCUUUUGGUGCUGGCUACAGAGUUGAGCUGGCUAUGUUUCACAGUAUAUCAAGCAUUAUAGAGAAAGAUGGAAAUUUUCUUCUUUGUGUAGCUCUUCUAAUGCACUCUUUAUUUUACUACAGAAAUUAUUUUAGAGUUUUUGUAUAGACUUCUUUAGUAGUCUGUUUCUAAAAUGAAAUGUAUUUCAAUAAGCGUUGUAAUUUUUUCAGUGUAGCUGAACCUAUGUUGUAAAAUAGAAAAAAAUUUUAUAAUCAUCAAAAUGUGAUUCUUAAAGAUGCAUAUAACUUCUAUAAUUCAAAGUUAUUCUUACAUCCGUACAACUCAAAGGUGCUUCAAAGACUAGAUGUAUCUGAGAGGGUCUCCAGACCAGGUUACUGCAAAAAUGAAGUUUUGCUUUCAAAACUUGGCAUAAGUACUUGGUAGUUUUUAACUCUCUGCUUAACACUUAAAUAUCUGUUAGACUCAGUGAUAUGCUUCUGUCCUCCGUAUUCCAUUUGGCUCAUUUAGUGCAUUAAAUAAAAUGAUUUGCAGGGGGUUGGGCCUUUUCCAGGGAAGUCCCCUAGAGCUUUCAUGUUUUGAAAAUUUGAGUCAGGCUGUUCACCACCAAGAGGAGGAAGUAGUGGAGAUUGUUUCAUCUCUGUCACUUCCCUUAGGAACUGGCUCAUGUUUAACUUUUAUGGGAUGACAAAUUGAAAUCUCUCACUUUGAGGUUGCUCUAUUUUUCUAGAAUUGUUAUGAGAAGCUAAAAUAGUAAACUAAAAUCACAAACAUGAUGUUGCUGACAGUGGUUGAAAAAUUUGGGUGAGAAGACAAUUGGUUAUGAGUUUUAAUGUCUGUUAUAUAUAGAGAGAAUGCCCAAAAAUUGUAUAUACAUUUUAAG